AUGGCUGUUAUUGGUAUUGGCUCGACCAAGUUGUCGCUACUCACAUUGUUUCGAGGAAUAUUCGGUAUCUCCAAACCCUUCAAAACAACCACCACGAUCAUGAUUGCCGUUACUGCAGCAUGGACAGUGUCCUUCUUUUUUAGUAAUUUGUUUACGUGUUAUCCAGUGACGGCCCUCGUGGAGUCAUUCUACGGUAACAAGUGUCUCGACAGUGUCGCUAUGUGGUACGCUUCCUGUAUCACUGACGUGAUCAUCGACUUCAUCAUUCUUGUCAUGCCGUUGCCCCCUGUCUACAAGCUUCAGCUACCUCUGAAACAGAGGCUAGCCGUGGCAGGCAUGUUCGUAGUGGGUACUGCGUACGUGUCCUUCCCUCCUGGGUGUUUUUUUCCUCCUCCCGCUUGUUUACAGCGUCGCUGA